AUGGCCGACCAGAGAAUGGACAUUUCUUCAACAAUCAGUGACUUCAUGUCCCCGGGCACCACCGACCUCCUCUCCAGCCCCCUGGGCCCCGGCGGCACGGAUUGCAACCGCAAGCGGAAAGGCAGCUCCACCGACUACCAACUUGAUGACUUUUCUUUUGAAGAAAGCAUGGACACGGACAAAGAUGACCCUCACGGAAGGUUAGAAUAUACAGAGCACCAAGGAAGGAUCAAAAAUGCAAGGGAAGCUCACAGCCAGAUUGAAAAGAGGCGUCGGGACAAAAUGAACAGUUUUAUUGACGAAUUGGCGUCUUUGGUACCUACGUGCAAUGCCAUGUCCAGGAAAUUAGAUAAACUCACUGUGCUAAGGAUGGCUGUUCAGCACAUGAAAACAUUACGAGGUGCCACCAAUCCAUACACAGAAGCGAACUACAAACCAACUUUUCUGUCAGAUGAUGAAUUGAAACACCUCAUUCUCAGGGCAGCAGAUGGAUUUUUGUUUGUCGUAGGAUGUGACCGAGGGAAGAUACUCUUUGUCUCAGAGUCUGUCUUCAAGAUCCUCAACUACAGCCAGAACGAUCUGAUUGGCCAGAGUUUGUUUGACUACCUGCACCCUAAAGAUAUCGCCAAAGUGAAGGAGCAGCUCUCCUCCUCGGACACGGCGCCCCGGGAGCGGCUCAUAGAUGCAAAAACUGGACUUCCAGUUAAGACAGAUAUAACCCCUGGGCCGUCUCGAUUAUGUUCUGGAGCACGACGUUCUUUCUUCUGUAGGAUGAAGUGUAACAGGCCUUCGGUAAAGGUUGAAGACAAGGAUUUCCCCUCUACCUGCUCAAAGAAAAAAGCAGAUCGAAAGAGCUUCUGCACCAUCCACAGCACAGGGUAUCUGAAGAGCUGGCCGCCCACAAAGAUGGGGCUGGAUGAAGACAGUGAACCAGACAACGAGGGCUGUAAUCUCAGCUGCCUGGUCGCAAUUGGACGACUACAUUCUCACGUGGUUCCACAGCCGGUGAAUGGGGAAAUCAGGGUGAAGUCUAUGGAAUAUGUGUCUCGGCACGCGAUAGACGGGAAGUUUGUUUUUGUAGACCAGAGGGCAACAGCUAUUUUGGCAUAUUUACCGCAAGAACUUCUAGGCACAUCAUGUUAUGAAUAUUUUCACCAAGAUGACAUAGGACAUCUCGCAGAAUGUCAUAGGCAAGUUUUACAGACAAGAGAAAAGAUUACGACUAAUUGCUAUAAGUUUAAAAUCAAAGAUGGUUCUUUCAUCACGCUGCGGAGUCGAUGGUUCAGUUUCAUGAACCCUUGGACCAAGGAAGUAGAAUACAUCGUCUCAACCAACACUGUUGUUUUAGCCAACGUCCUGGAAGGCGGGGACCCAACCUUCCCGCAGCUCACAGCGUCCCCCCACAGCAUGGACAGCAUGCUGCGCUCUGGAGAAGGUGGCCCAAAGAGGACCCACCCCACUGUUCCAGGGAUUCCAGGGGGAACCAGGGCUGGGGCAGGCAAAAUAGGUCGAAUGAUUGCUGAAGAAAUCAUGGAGAUCCACAGAAUAAGAGGGUCAUCGCCUUCCAGUUGUGGCUCCAGCCCAUUAAAUAUCACAAGUACACCUCCCCCUGAUGCCUCUUCUCCAGGAGGCAAAAAGAUUUUAAAUGGAGGGACUCCAGACAUUCCUUCCAGUGGCCUACUACCAGGGCAGGCUCAGGAAAACCCAGGUUAUCCAUAUUCUGAUAGUUCUUCUAUUCUUGGUGAGAACCCUCACAUAGGCAUAGACAUGAUAGAAAACGACCAAGGCUCAAGCAGUCCCAGCAAUGAUGAAGCAGCAAUGGCCGUCAUAAUGAGUCUCUUGGAAGCAGAUGCUGGGCUGGGAGGUCCCGUUGACUUCAGUGACUUGCCAUGGCCGCUGUAA